CGUGACGCCUAUCCUUCUUACGGCCCAAGUGGUGGUUAUCUUGCUGGAAUUUACAUUAUCGAUAUUCAACUUGUCACUAUGCUCACCUUACAUGCAUCUUCUAUACAACAUGGUGCUAUCAAUCAUCUGUCCUAGCAGGUGAAGCUUUCCCCUCACUCAUGACGUCGCUCCACUCCUUCCUGUCGACCCACCGCGGACCGCCCGUCAGCAUCGCGUUUCGCGCUCGUCUUGGCUCCGAGGCUGACCAAUGCACCGGUCAUCUAGACCGGCGAUCAGAUGUUUACACUGCCGAUAAAACAAACAGGUUCGCGCGUGGGAUUGAGGCCCAGAUCAGCAUCACAACGAAGACGACCAAGGGAUAGCCGAUUCCUGGGUGUUGACUUUAUCAACCCGAUCGAACCAACAACGAAAUGUCAUCAAUCCUGUUGCAAAAUGCGACAAUUCUGGUCCCCUCCGGCGACCAGAAUGACUACGUCGUUCCGCUCCACAACCACUCGCUGCUCAUCGAAGGAGCCAAGAUCUCGCAGAUCGCACCUCAGAUUAGCCCGCCUGUCGAAUCCACCCAAGUUAUCGACUGCACCGGGAAGAUCAUCUCGCCUGGGUUUAUCGAUACACAUCACCACCUCUGGCAGACCCAGCUCAAGGGACGUCAUGCAGACCAUACCUUGAUCGAGUACAUGCCCACGGGAAACCUGCAACAGGUCAACUUCACACCAGAAGAUAUCUUCUGGGGAGAGCUGGGAGGCUGUCUCGAGGCCUUAGAUGCAGGAACUACCACCGUGGUGGACCAUGCUCACAUGAAUGUCUCCCCCGCUCAUUCCGUAAAUGGAAUAGCAGCGACAGCUUCCUCAGGCAUCCGAUCUAUCUUCUGCUACACACCCACCUCGACGGUCAAGAAGUGGAAGCCAGAAAUUGAGAUGAACACCAGCCUACUCGAUGAAUGGGUCCUCCAACAACUCGAGGAGCUGGCCGCAGCGGCGCCGUUUGGCGACGGGCGCGUCCAGCUGGGUCUGGCUUUUGACGGGUUCAUGCUGCCGAAGGAGAUGGUCGUCGCGUUGUACGAUCGUGCCCGUAAAGCGGGAGUGAAGGUGAUCACCACCCACUAUGUGCGUGGAUAUUUCAGCGACGGAUCCCUGGUCGACCUCCUCGAGGCCUACGGCCUCCUGGGCCCCGACAUUCUUCUCUCGCACGGCAAUAACCUCUCGGCCACCGACAUCGAGAAACUCUCUGCUGCGAAAGCAUGGAUCUCCGCCACCCCCGACACCGAACUGCAGAUGGGCCACGGGAACCCCGUCUGCUUCCAGGAUGGCUGCACGAGCAUCACUGCGCUCGGGAUCGACUGCCAUAGUAACAAUUCCGGCGACAUCGUCACCCAGAUGCGCCUGGCGCUGCAGAGUGAGCGCGCCCGCCGGAAUGAGAAGCUUCUUGCGCAGGGGAAGUAUAUGCGGUCAUUGGACGUGUCGGUGCAAGAUGCCUUCCGGCUGGGGACGAUCCAAGGCGCCCGCGCGAUCGGCAUGGCAGAUCAGCUGGGGUCGAUUGAGGUCGGGAAGCUUGCGGAUCUGGUGGUCUUUGACGGCGAGAGCCCGGGGAUGAUCUGCGCUGCGGAGAAGCAUCCGGUCGCGGCUAUUGUAUUGCAUUCGUCUGUGCGCGACGUGGAUACGGUCAUUGUUAACGGCGAGAUUCGCAAGCAAGGCGGUCGGUUGGUGCCGGUGGACAUUGACUCUUCAUUCCCGGAGGUGACGAUCGCAAAACGAAGGGUGGAAUGGAAGGAUGUAGCGAAAGAGUUGCGGGACAGUCAGGAGAGGAUCCAGAAUGCUGCGGUGGAAGCUGGGGCUGUGGGAACUCGAGUGUCCGAGGCUUUGAGUAUCUUCCAUAUGGACUCGAGCAAGUUUGUUUGAGCUGUGAGGCGUCGAGGAUCUCUGGGAGGGUUGCCUUAGCCUUCGAGUGAAGGGGGUUGUGGUAAUGGACGUAGCCUACCAAUAUACCUCCGUGCCCUAUAAAGCACGGACUGCCCAUCCGAUCA